AUGGGAGGGAUUGAGCUGUAUGAUGUUCAGAAGCUGCUCAUCAGAGAUGCAAGAAGAGUCAUCGAUGAAGGAACUGCUGGGAUAUUCUCGAGCCCCACCGGAACAGGAAAGACCAUGUCUCUGCUCAGUGCUGUGAUAGACUAUAUCGGCGCUGACGAAGCAGGCUUAGAUCCUAGGAAUAGAGCAUUGGAGCAGGCUCUUUUCCAGGGGGGCAGGAUGAAGGUACUAUAUUGCACAAGAACUCACACACAACUGACACAGGCUAUCAACGAGCUCAAGAAGCUGGAGGCAGGAUGCAACUCUGUUGUCUUGGGGUCCAGAAGGAUCUAUUGCCUGAAUGAGAGGGUCUGCCAGAACAGGAGCUCAGACGCCGUGAAUGAGGGGUGCAAGGAGGCCGUCAAGGAGGGAUUAUGUGUGUUCUAUGAUGGAUGCGACUUAUUUGAUGGGCAUGGGGUGCUGGAUGUGGAGGAUCUAGUGGCUAUGGGGAGAAACGAGAGGCUCUGUCCCUACUAUGUGUCCAAGAGAUACUCCCAGCAGUGUGACAUUGUGUUUCUUCCCUAUCAGCUGUUGUUUGCAAGAGAGGGCAGGAAGAGCAUGGACAUCGAUGUCCGAGAAAGCAUUGUUGUUGUUGACGAGGCGCAUAAUAUCUAUGACUCGGUGGUUCAGAUGAACACAGCAUGCAUACUGUUUAGUACGAUGAACAGGUGCAUUAAAGCCAUGCAGCUGUACAGGGAAAGGCAUGGCAGAAGGAUGAAGAGGGAGGGCCAGCUGGAAACAGUUGUAGAGAUACUUCGAAGGAUCAAAGGCUUCGGGGACGAGUACUGUGAAGAUGUGGGUGAAGGCGAGGGCGUGAUGGGGGUUUCCGAGUUCUUACUCAAGGCAGGGAUUGAGGACUUCAACAUGCUUGAAGUUGAGGACUAUAUAGUCACUAGCGGGAUUUUCCGAAGGCUGGAGGGGUUUGGAAGCAACCCAAGUCUGCAGAUCCCUGAGAUAUCCAAAUUCCUAGGUCUCCUGACUGUAAGUGACCGGAGCGGGAGAAUAUUCUACAGCUCCCGGGGAGUCAGGUUCACCCCUCUGGAUGCAUCAAUGUACUUCGAAGACGUGCUCGAGUGCAGGGCAUUGUUAUUGGCGGGAGGGACGAUGGAGCCUGUUGAUCAGCUGAUGUCUGUCCUUGGAAAGAAAAGCCCCAGGUACUUCUCGUAUGGAAGUGUGUGCAAUGACUUCUUAGCUCUUGUAGUGGGGUCUGGACCAUCUGGAAGGGAAAUCAUAGUGAAUUUCGAGACGAGGGAGAGGCCGGAGUCGAUUAAAGAUGUUACUUCGUCCAUAUCCAAUUUGUCGAAUGCUGUCAAGGAUGGAGGGAUGGUAUGCUUUCUGCCCUCGAAGGCCUACCUCGGGAUACUCCGAGAAAGAUGUGGAGAUAUGGUGGGGACAAAGAAAGCUCUGUAUGAAGACCUCAUCACCUUUGAAGGAUAUGCAGAGGAGGCCGGACGGGGCCCCUGCAUUCUCUUUGCUGUGAUGGGAGGGAGGCUUAGUGAGGGAGUAAACUUCGGGGACGGGCUGUGCAGAUUGCUGGUGGUUGUAGGGGUUCCUUAUCCUACCCAGGAUCUGGAGCUCAAAGAAAGAGCCAAGUUCAACGGAGGUGAGUAUGCCACAUCGAUAGCAAUGAGGACAGUGAACCAGACGCUCGGAAGGGCGCUGAGACACAGAAAUGAUUAUGCCGUGCUUGUGUUGCUGGAUAAGAGAUACAUUCAGCUUUCGAGGCUCGUCAGCCCAUGGAUAAGAGAAAAGGUGGUCCACUGCGACUUUGGGAGCGGACUUUUCAGAGCGAGCAGAUUCCUGGGUAGAGAUAGAUGCCUCUAA